GGGAAUACGAACCUGGUUUUUAUCACAUUUCUUUAAUUAAAAAAAGGGACAAAUUGUUCUGGAUUCACAGCUCUAGGACUUGUUGCCUCUGCGGGGGGUCGUGAUCCCUCGGGGGACAAUUCGGUCGAAGCGGUGGAAAUGGGAAUGGGGGGAAAAGACAAGGAGGACGAGGCGGCAAGUGACACGGUGGUUCAGGCGGGUAGGGACAGGGAGGACGAGGCGACAGCGGCGGCGGCGGAGGCGGCGUUACAGGAUGUGGAGACUCCCCGGCAGCACUGCAGUGGGAAGCGGCACCGUAUCCCACACGACCCGCAGUUGUUGAGGUCCGACGUGACUGCCACGCACCGGUUCUGGCAGCACUGCCGACGCCGCCCGUCGGAUUCACUCGCGCUGCAUACCCAUGGCCUGGUCCAACACCCAGCUUCCCUCUGGUUUUUCUCCCCUGCUGCUACUCUCUUCAGCCAGGGAGACGACGACAACGACAACGGAUUCGUUGCUUUUGGGUUUCCUGAGGUUGCGGCAGAUGUUUGGAGAAUAGACACCAAAUGAAGUAGUAUCACUACAUGCAUCUUAGGUUGUUUUCUAACUUUUCUUCAUUAAAAUAAGCAGAACUGAUUAUU